AAAAAAGUUAAUAAAAAAUAUGGGAAGUUCUUCUAAUUUAUUUGUAUCAACUUUAUUCCUUAUUGUUACAAUUAUGGUUACACUCCAAACUGGGCCAGCCAGGGCUUUGACACUGAGCACCAAGUCAAGAUGGAUCGUGGACGAGAACGGGCGAAGAGUGAAGCUGGCCUGCGUGAAUUGGGCUUCGCAUCUUGAGUCUGCCGUGCCCGAAGGCCUCAGCAAGCAACCCAUUGAAGCCGUCGCAGGCCAAGUCUCGUCGUUGGGAUUCAAUUGCGUUCACCUCAAUUGGGCCACUGACUUGGCCACCGACGACUCUCUUGCCUCUCGAACAGUCCGAGACUCCUUCAAAAGUCUUGGUCUCACCCAAGCCAUUUCUGGUGUUGAGACAAAUAAUCCCUCCAUCAUUGAUCUUCCACUCAUCGAAGCUUUCAAGGCUGUGGUAUCUGCCCUGGGAAGCAAGAAUUUGAUGGUCAUCCUGGAUAAUCACGUAAGCAAACCUAGUUGGUGUUGCAGUGACUCCGAUGGCAAUGGUUUCUUUGGUGAUAAGUACUUCGACCCAGAUCUCUGGAUCGAGGGUCUUACUCGUAUGGCCUCAUUGUUCAAAGGAGUAGGCAAUGUCGUUGGGAUUAGCUUAAGAAAUGAGCUCCGUGGUCCCAAGCAGAAUGUAGAAGAUUGGUACAAGUACAUGCAAAGUGGAGCUGAGGCAGUCCACUCAGCAAACCCAGAUCUUCUUGUAAUUUUCUCUGGUUUGGGUUACGAUCAAGACUUGUCGUUCCUACGCGAUCGCGCAGUGGACCUCACAUUCUCUGGAAAGCUAGUUUUCGAAGUUCAUUGGUAUGCAUUCUCGGAUGGGAACGCAUGGGAAAAUGGUAAUGCAAACCAAGUGUGUGAGGCCGUGUUUCGUAAGAGGAUGAGAUCGUCAUGGUUCUUGUUGGACCAAGGGUUUCCUUUGUUUGUGAGUGAGUUUGGGGUAGACCAAAGGGGGAUCAAUGACAAUGACAAUAGGUACCUGAACUGCUUCUUGGCUGUGGCUUCUAAACUUGACUUCGAUUGGGGUUUGUGGACACUAGUUGGGAGUUACUAUAACAAACAAGGUGUGGUUGGGAUGCCUGAGUAUUAUGGAGUCUUGAACGAUGAUUGGAGCGGGCCUCGUAGUCCAAGUCUUGUACAGAAGAUCUCUGCCUUAAAUCAACCUUUUCAAGGGCCAAGUUUGUCGAAAGCUAGACGACACAGAAUAAUUUUCCAUCCAGCAACAGGUCUCUGUCUUGGCAGGAAAACUUCGGUUAAUCCACUAUCGUUGGGUCCCUGUUCUAAAUCGGAUGGUUGGUAUCAUUCCCCUUUGAAAAAUAUGAGGAGUAAUGGAAACUAUUGCUUACAAGCAAUUCAAGUAGGGAAACGAACACAGCUUAGCAUAAAUUGCAGUACUGAAUCUAAUUCAAAAUGGGAACCCUACUCGGAUGCCAAUUUGCAGCUUUCUUCUAAGACAAGCAAUGGUGACCGUGUUUGCCUAGAUGUCGACUCUGCAAAUCAUGUCAUAACAAACACAUGUAAAUGCGUAGGCAUAGAUGAUUCUUGUGACUCUUCAAGCCAAUGGUUCAUACUUGUGGAUCACAGCACCAAGAAGUUAGGAUUAUAAUCUUCUUUUAAGAUGAACCUCUCAUCAUAUAUCUCGACCAAGUUGCCAAUUGAGGAAUCCCAGUACUUUUCUUAAUAAUUAAUAGUAUAUUCUAUUUAAUAAAAGGAAUUAUAUAUGUA